GAACUGAGGGAACCCUUAUUCAAAUCGGAAGUGGCCUAGAGUGAUCACAUCCGCUCAGAUCUUAAAGUAGUUCGCCUCUCCUGUCGUUGCCAGGGUAGCGUGGGUGUUUGGAAUCCGAACCCAUGGAAUUGUGGGUGUCUGUGGGCGGAAGUCUCGCAGUCCUGGCGUGCCGUGUGCAGAGCUUCUCUAAGGUGUAAUGUGAGACCUCUGGGUGAGGCUAAGCCAUUCAUGCCGCCAAUUUUCUCAACAUAACCAAGUUGGCCUCUGCCCCACAACUCUACAAGAAUCGUCCACAUGCUGACCUAUCUUCAGAAUCCUGAGAAAAUUAGAGAGAGACCAAGAGUAGAAACCACAGAGGACAUGCCUACUGAUAUGAAUUUCUGCCAGAUGCCCCAGCAGUUGGGAGCAGAGGAGCAGGAUGGAUUGUGUGAGGAUGUUUUGCCUGCUUGUAUAGCCGUGUACCGAGUGCAUACAGUUCUCACAGAGGCCAGAAGAGGGCAUCGAAUCCCCUGGAACUGGAAUUAAUAGCCAGUUGUGAACUGCCAUGUGGGUGUUGGGAAUUGAACCCAGAUCUCUGAAAGCCAGUGCUCUUCACUGAACCCUCUCUUUAGUUUUAAGCUGAGUAUCUUAAAGUAAUAAUUUAGAUAUGUUAGGCUAAAUAAAAUAUGCUAUUAAGUUGGUUUCAUCUGAGUAUAAUAUGACUGCUAGAAAUUUUGAGAUGACUUUGUGACUCCCAUUGUAUUCGCUUUGGAGAUCUCUGCUCUAGAGAAUGAUCGUACUCCAAUUUUAUUUUAUUCUUGCAGUAUGCUUCACAGUGAUGACAGGCCUGCACUGUCGUAUCCUGCCAGGUUCACAUCAUGCUGGUCAUCUCACUGGCUUCAGGUGUCAUCAUCCCAAAGUCCUACCUUUGUGGAGACUGGGCAGUGCUUCUCUUGUGUAGUUUAGCAGCCAUUUUCAAAGAGGGAAGUGCUAUAGUAGUAACUGCCCUUCAGAAGGCUGCAUCCAUGUCUUAGGUGCUUCUAAAGGCAGAUCCCUUUACCAUCACAUUGAGUGGCACACGUUGGAUGCUAUAAGACCAGCCUUUUACAUUUGAAGAUCUUCAUGUCCCUGCAAUUAAUUACUUAAGUGACAGUCCGUAGCUCAAAGUUGAAAACUCCACAUCCCCUUCACCCACCGCCCUUCACCCUCCACCCACCACCCUUCACCCUCCUUGUGAUUGGGAUGACAGCUAGUUUGUAGACGUUAUGGCUGUCACUGUCCCCUCCUACUCAGAACUCUCUGCCACUCCCUAAGCAUGGCUUUCCCUACUGUCCACCUCCAUCCUAGUUCCUCCAUCCUAGAGUAUGCUCGUCCACAUCCCAAUUCAAACGCCACACUUCCCGUCUAAGGGGCUGUACUCUCAUUAUCAUGACAGCCAUUCCCAGGUGUGUGCCUACCUUGCUCUUCCCAACAACUUGCUUUGUAUAUAUUUCUAAAAAUAUUCUUUAUAGCCCCAUAUGGGUCUUUAUAUUGCUAUUUGGCAAGCCUGAGUGUCUUUCAGAGUAAAAACUCAUAUAGUGUUGAAUCCCAGGGACCCAGCCCAGCUAUAGACAAGAAUAAUGUGGCUUAAUAAAUUGUCAUGCUGUUUAAUCUUGGAUAGAGAAUGAAAAAGGAUCCAUUUCUGGCCUCCUGGUAUGGGGAUGAUAGUGUUUAAUAGAUGGCAAGUUAUUUUUUUAUAUAUUGUUUUCAUCUAUGUCCCAAAAUACAGUGGGGAAAUAGGUGUUUUGUAGAAAGCUUAAAGCAUAAUAUAAGGGGUGAGGGUAACUGAAAACACGUGUUCUGCUUGUCAAUGUUAAUUUACAAUGAUUAUAUUAUUACAGAGAUUGGUGUCCUUUGAUGAUGUGACUGUGGACUUCAGCCAGGAGGAGUGGCAGCACCUGGACUCCGCCCAGAGACGCCUGUACCAGGACGUGAUGCUGGAGAUCUACAGCCACCUCUUGUCAGUGGGUAAAUUGCAGCUUGACACACAACAUCAACAAAUUUUUGUGAAAGCUUCAUUUCUAAGCGAUGCAGCCAGCGAAGUCACCAAACAUGGCUCCAUAUAUUGCUCCGUUUUAGAGAAACUCUGGCAGGAGGGUGACCCUGCUGCAAAGACAGAUCAGCAAAGCCGGGUCCUGCCUGUAAGUCCUGGUGCUUUCCAAAACCAGAAAAUACUGACCAUAGGCAGUGCUUGGGACUAUGAAGAAACUGAAGAAUCUACUCUUUUGGAACCCCACCUCAUUUCUACACAAUAUGUACCUCCAAGAGCAAAUAGUGACAGUCAAAGCAAUACCAUAAAGCAGCUUAAUGAUAUUAUCGGAUCUGAUCAGUUUUUUACACAAGCCUCUUCUAAUGGUGUGUGCACAGUUCCUCAUCAAACAGAGAAACCAUACACCGAGAGUCAGUUUGGAAACAUUGUUUCUCUUAAUCCACCACUUAUGGAUCACGAAAUUAAUUUUCAAGACAAACCAGUUGAAUAUACUGGAUGUGGGAAGGUCUUCACUGGUGAGACAGCUUUCUGUCAACAGCAAAUAACUAAUAGUAUGGAGACAUCUUUUAUCUGUCACACCUGUGGGAAAACCUUUCUUCACAAGUCUAAAUUGACCUCUCAUUCAGAAACUCCUAGAGAAGAGACACCUUAUGAAUGUCCUGACUGUGCCAAAUCACUGAGGGGCACAACUAGCCUUCAAGUGCUCCGUGGAGUCCAGACAAAGGAGAAACCUUAUGAAUGCCAUGUGUGUGGGAAAUCAUUCAGUUAUACAUCCCACCUAAAGGUCCACCUUCGAACACACACUGGUGAGAAACCUUAUGCAUGUUCUGACUGUGGAAAAGCCUUCAGCCAAAAGUCAGUCCUCACCAUACAUCAGAGAAUUCACACUGGCGAAAAGCCGUACACAUGCAGUGACUGUGGGAAAAUGUUUGUUUGUGCAUCAGAUCUAACAAAACAUUGUCGAUUUCACACAGGGGAAAAGCCUUAUGAGUGCCCUGACUGUGGGAAAUCUUUCAGUAUUAAAUCUAACCUGCUUGCACACCAUCGAAUUCACACCAGUGAAGGACCUUACAAAUGCUUUCACUGUGGAGAAUCAUUCAGGAAAAUAUCCCAAUUGAAGGUACACCAUCAAAUUCACACUGAUCGUAGAUCUUUUGUAUGUUCUGACUGUGGAAUGGCCUUCAGCCAAAAGUCAGUCCUCACCACACAUCAGAGAAUUCACAGUGGAGAGAAAUGUUACCCAUGUAGUGACUGUGGGAAGUUGUUUCUUUAUGCUUCAGAUCUGAAGAAGCACUGUCGAUUUCACACAGGGGAGAAGCCUUACAAAUGCCAUGACUGUGGGAAAUCAUACAGUGUGAAGUCGCACCUACACGUGCAUCAUCGCAUUCACACUGGUGAGAGACCUUACAAAUGUGAUGACUGCGGAAAGUCAUUCAGAAGAAACUCUCACCUACAAAUGCAUCAGCAAACUCAUACUGGGGAGAAGCCUUACAAAUGUUCUGACUGUGGGAAGUCAUUCCGGAGAGCAUCUCACCUGAAGGUGCAUCAUCGAAUUCACACUGGGGAGAAACCUUUCGUGUGUUCUGAGUGUGGAAAGGCUUUCAAUGAUAGGUCAGUUCUCAGCACACAUCAGAGAAUUCACACUGGAGAGAAGCCUUACAUAUGCAGUGACUGUGGGAAAGCAAUGUCUUCAAAAGCCAAUCUCAAAGAGCAUCAACGGAUUCACACAGGCGAGAAACCAUAUGUGUGUGCUGAAUGUGGGAAGGCCUUCAGUGAUAAGUCUUCUUUCUACAGACAUUGUAAAAUUCACAGUAGGGGGAAACCUUUCGUCCGUAACAAAGGUGAAAAGGGUUUCCUGCAGAAUUCACAAGUGACAUCCAUGACAUCCUAUGAGCAAACUCAGAAUGCAGAGAAACUAUAGUGAUUCUCUGCCUAUGGGAGAUCUGUCAUUGAUAUGUAUCAGCUGAAGGCAUAUUGUCAAGGUCACACAUAUUCCUGAAGCUGUGAGAUAUUGUUCAUCAACUCUAGGUGCACUGUCCAUGCAAUACUGAGAAGAGACAUAUAUUGUGAAUGCAGAAAGUCCCUCAAAAUAAUGUUGUUUCAAUAGUCUCAAGCACUCAUACCAGGCACUCAUCUGAUCAUGUAAAAGAAUUUAUUGUAGAGUCAGUUCCUCAUCCAUUUCCCUCGUCAAAAAUAUUCCCCUUGGUUUUAAUGAAAUUUUAUUUAUCACAGAUCUAAAUAAGACUAAGAAGAUACACUACUCAGUUGGUAAAAUCUUUGUCUUCUGGACACAGGCAAACACAUAACAUGCCACAGGUGUCUACACACAAUACAUACACAAACUUUAUACAAGCCAUAGUCCAUAGUUUAGAAGAAAAAAGCUAUGCAUUGCUUGUUUAAACAUAAAUAUAAUUAUAUGUUUGAGAAAUAAUCAACUUGUAGGAAGAAGCACAAAUACCUGUACUGUAGGAGAUAUUUUAUGGACUGUGUUUCUUUGCAUGUUGAAGAAAUGUUGACUAAUUAUUUGAGACCUUCUAAAGUUAAGGUUACAAGGUUUUGAGGCUUUAUAGAAAAGUUUGUUGAAAACUACAUCAAUAUUGUUUUUUGUUUGUUUGUUUAAUGUGUUUUGUUUUGUUUUUUUAAACAUGAAACAGGGUCACACUAUAUAGCUCAGGCUGUACUGGAAUUCACUAUAUAGACCAGACUGGCCUUGAACUCACAGAAUUCUGCCUUCCUCUACCUCCCAAGGGGUUGGAUUAAAGAUGUGCACUAGUAUGCCUGGCUGGAUAGUAAUAUUUUUAUUUUCAUUAAUGAAUUACUUUACAUUCUGGUCAGAACUUUCCCUUCUCACCUUCUUUCCCUCUUUCCUCCUCCUUCCUUUUCUCCUUAGAAAAGGGGAGGCCUCCAAUGGAUAUCAACCCACCUUGGCCUAUCAAGUUGCAGUAGGACAAGGUGCAUCAUCUUCUAUUGAGGCUAGACAAGGCAGUUCAGUUAGGGGAAAGGGGCCCAAAGGCAGGCAACUGAAUCAGAGAGCUCCUGUUCCUAUUGAAAGCGGUUCCACAUGAAUACCAAACUGCAUAUCUGUUAUAUGUAGGAUGCCUAGGUCCUUCCCAUGCAUGCUCUCUUGGUGGUGGUUGAGUCUCAGUGAGCCCCUGGCUCAGGUUAGUUAAUUUUGUAGACUUUCUUAUAGUGCCCUUGACUUCUCUGACUCCUCCAGUUCUUCCUCCCCCUCUUCUACAAGAUGAUACUAAUAUUUUUAAACUUUCCUUGUUUCUGUCUAUGAAGGGACAGAUUGUGUUGGGCUUGUCCCUACCAUGGUGGCCAACAGACAUAGCAGCUAUUUUGACUUCCUAGGCCUCUCACCAGAUUUUUUUACCAGUCUCGGAUUCCUGGACAUCAUCACCUCAGGGUGCCAUUUGAGAGAGAGAUAGAAACCCAGAAUAUUCAUGAACUGGUACCUGUGUCUCCACAGUCCGUUUGUGCUGCUGUGAUUCAUGUUCUUCCAGAACCUCGGAAGAUGUCCUCAUAGAAAUGGCUUCUUUGUAAAAGUAACUAGGCUGUAGGCAAACUUGGCCAGGGUUGGUCCUAAAUCUGCUUAGUGAUAUGAUUAAAGCCAUGUGAAACUCAAAAAAUUUGGAAGGCAGGAUCAUCAAGGCAGAGAUUUUGGUGAUAUACCUCCAAGCCAUGGAAUGUUGAUGACUGUUAGCAACAGAAACUAAAAAAGAAAAAAAAAAAACAAAACAAAACAAUAUUUUCUUCCUUGGGUGUUUCCAAAAUGAGCCAUCCCUUCACCAGUAUAUUGAAUUCCACAUUCUAGUCUCAAUUGGUGAGAAAAUAAGUUUUAUUGUUUUGUCAACUAUUCUAAACCAAUCUAGGAAAACCAAUAGAGGGCUCUGGGAUGCCCAUGUAAACGCAUGGCCUGCCUUCCUGGUUCUACCAUUACAUCUCAGUACCUUCUGUAAUCAUUGUUUUCUCAUCCGUUAUUCCUGAACUUUGGGGCCCUUUGUUCUCACUCUGGUUCCUAGGUUUUUAGCUCCUCUUUUACUAAGCUUAUUUCAUGUAACUAUUCUUUCUAUGAAACAAUGGCCUUGACCUACCAGGUAUGUACUCCUUAUGCUUUGCAAACCUAUGUCCCUCAUUUUUGCUUUCAUUGAGACCCUCUAGACAUGAAUAUUCCUUAUUGGUUCAGACCA